AUGUUAGCUUGUGUGUGUCAACCUAUGGAGACAGCUUUAUUAUUUAACGGAGGACCACCCGUCACUAUGGGGCCACUUGGAACCAGUGGUAAAAUGCGUCACAACACGUCCAAUGUUAUAAAGGCAAUUCAAAUGCUGCCUAAAUCAGAACACGGUUUUAGUAUAGAUGAAAAGGAUAAUCCUGUUUCUUUAACUUCGCUAUCAUCAUUAAUGGACUCGUCAGGAAGCCUUCUUAAUCUAAGAAAGAUUGAGCGAAAAGCAAAGUCUACAAAAAUAUUAGUGAAUCCCGUUUGUUUGGAUAGUGUAAGCAGCGGUGAUGAUAACAAUCAAUCGAAAACAGCCAUGUCUAAAUGGAAUGGUAAAAAGAAACGGUUGAAGUCAACAAAAGAUAAUAAGAAAGAUGAAACCGAAUCAAAUGAUUCCGAGAAAAAUAGCAGAGAGGAGGCUAAGAAAAAUAAGAAAACGCUAUCUUGCUUUAAAAUCAAAAGUUCAGAGGAUAAAACAAACGACAUUACAAAAGCAAAUGAUUGUAACACGAAUAAAAGUUCAUUUGAAAACAUUGGACCUAAUAAACCGGACGUGACUAAUUAUACAAGCAAAAAUAAUAGCGACAUAUGGAUAGACCAAGGCACGUUAAGUGAUACGAAGAUAAUUAAAAAUGAGCAAGUAGUUAUAAAGAAGACUGAUCGCACAGAGGUGGACCAUAGUAAAGAGCUGGGGGAAGGGGUGGAGCUGACGCUGGGCGAACUGCGCGCAAUGGCGCUCCGACAGCAGCAGCAGAUCGACACCCAACACCAGCUGCUCUGCGCCAAGGAGCAGCGGUUGCGGUACCUCAAGCAGCAGGAGGCCAGACAACACCAGGUUGCGGUGGAAGGGGAACGACUGCGUAGGUUACGCGAGCGUGUCGAAGCUCAGGAACAGAAGUUAAGGAGGCUCCGGGCUCUUAGAGGCCAGCUGGACCGAAACAAGCAAGCGAAUAUUGCUCUCAAUAGUGACCUGGAGUCUAUACGCGCAUUAUUCAAUGAGAAGGAGAAAGAGCUAUCGGUGGCCGUGGCGAAGGUCGAAGAGCUGACGCGGCAACUGGAAGAACUGCGAAGAGGAAGGGUGCAACCUGCACCACCAUCUGCCCAGGAGCUCGAUAAACUACGUCGGGAGCUUAUGUAUCGUAAUAAGCUGAACGAGCAACAGAACGGCAGGCUGUCAGCCCAGCGGGCGGCGCUGGGCGCACGGCAGGAGGAGAUGCGUAGCAUCGACCGACGCGUCUCCGAGCUGCAGGCACGUCUUCUGAGGAAACGGGCGCUCAAUAGACAGUUAGCUGCGGCACACCGGCAACCUCAACAGCAGCAGAGAACCAAUAACCCAACACCAAUGCAGCAAUUACCCAAUUAUCCAGCUGGUGCCGCGAUAAAUAGUCAACCAAAGAAUCAACAGGCGCGGGGUAAUGUUGCUGCCGUCGAACCUUAUAAUCAUGUGCCGCAUGCGCAGAGCCUAAGCCAUAACACAAAUUUCCAGGCUUUGAAGCAGAACGUAAUACAAAAUAACUUGCCAUUAAAACAGCUCACACAGAGCGACAACAUACAAAGUCAUCUCACGCAGCAAGAGGCUCACUACUUACACCAAAAACAAAUGAUGAAUCCACUUUUUAACGGCAACUAUCCUCACGUAGCGGUCGGACAGGACAAUCAAUAUCAGCAACAAGGUCAACUUCAAAAUAAACAUGAAGUGAACAAUUUCGUUCAACAAAGUAUCACCAGUGCAUACGAUCAAAAAACCAUAUUCGACCACCUUAACAAAUAUCCUGAAUACCCUAAACAACCACAAUACAGCCCUAACAGUACCAGCAGUUCAAAUAGUAACCAAACGGGUAAAGAAAUAAAAAUAAAUGAACAAGAAUUCCCACCAGAAUUUGCUGCGAGUAAAUCUGAUCCAAAAUACCAAACUUUGCCGUAUAACACCAAAUUUCCACAAAGCGGAAACGGUAAAAUAAAACAACCUGAAAUAAACGGCAAAGCAAUCGAUGUACAAGACGCCAAAAAUCAAAAUCAACAGAAUGCAGCCAAUAUUAAUCAUAUGACGGUACAUUCGACACCAUUGUCGGUUGUUAACAAAAGUCUAGCCACGCCUUUAAGUCAAACUGAAGCGACAUAUCAACAAGAACAUACAUAUCAAUUGCAAAAAUCAGACUCUUCUAGUAGGUGUAACCAGGAAGGGAAAGAAAAUCACGCAUAUCCUCAAAACUCUAAGUUAAGUCAGAAUAAUAGUCAAAACAAUGAAGGCUCCAAAGCCAACGUUGGAAAGAGUCAACAGGGUAACCUGAUAAAGGGUAGUUCUCCAAGUUCGUUAUCCAGCACAACUGCCAGCAGUUCUAUAGGGUUCGGGAAACCCGUAUCGAGUGUUGCACCCACAUCGGUUCAGGUCUCAAGUGGAAAACCAUCACCCAUUUAUCAGACAUCUUCAACAAAAAUCCAACCGGUUCAACCACAAACAGUUCAGAGCCAAAGUAUUUCUGUUUCUUCAUCAAAUCAUGUAGCUAGUAACAUGGUGAAUUCCCAACCCCAGAUUGUUAGAAACACGGCGUCAGGACUGUCAACUAGUACGGGGAGUUCCAACUUCAGCGGGCAGAAUGCGUCAUCACAAAGCAUCCUGUUGUCUCCACCGCAAAGUGCUAGUACGCCAUUAUCUACGCCCGAUGUCAGCGGCACAGACAAAUCACCUAAACCAGCACUACCUCCAAAACCUACUAUCAAGACUCCACCGAGACAAUCUGCUAAUCAUGAUCAAACUACAGAAAACACCAUCAAUAUGCCGACAAUACUCGGACAAGAAUCAUUGAACGAUGGCGAAACGCAGCAGAACCAAAAAGAAACCACCAAUGGUAGCAGCGGUAACGAAAUGAUCAUCAAAGCACGUCCAUUGACUAUUAGAAAACCUCCUUUAAGCGAACAGCCUAAACUAAGAAACCUCAAUAAUUCUAAGAACGGCAUCAGUGUCAGUAUAAAUCGACGCAUAGAAAUGCCACCAGCGUUUUUGUUCCCCGAAAUGGAUCAUUUAACCCUGGAUACCUCUGAAAUGCAAAAUGGCCUAAAAGACAAAACGAAACAGAAAGACGAAGUCGAUAGAUCUCUAAACAAUAACAUAUCUUUAAGUUCGAGUGAAAGACAAGAGGAUAGUAAAGAUAACGGCGUAUUGGAUAUAGCGGAACAAAUAAGCUCGGUUGAUUUGAACGGUCAGGAUUCUCAGAGAACUGAGAAUGUGCUGAGGCGAUCAAAGAAAGGAAAUCUCAAGCAAGGAGGCAAGGCUCCACUCACAAGGCGAGUGAGUUUCGACCCUCUUGCACUCUUGUUAGACGCCAGUUUAGAAGGCGAAUUGGAACUGGUGAAGAAAACGGCGACUCAGGUGCAAAAUGCAAGCGCUGCAAACGACGAAGGUAUAACUGCACUUCACAAUGCCAUCUGUGCGGGCCAUUUCGAAAUAGUCAAAUUCUUAGUGGAGCUUGGUUGCGAUGUGAACGCACAGGACUCAGACGGUUGGACACCUCUACACUGUGCUGCAUCUUGCAACAACCUUCCAAUGGUGCGUUUCCUCGUCGAUAAUGGCGCUUGCAUAUUUGCAACAACCCUGUCGGAUCAUGAAACGGCAGCAGAGAAAUGUGAAGAAGACGAAGAAGGCUUUGACGGAUGUUCAGAAUAUUUAUACAGUGUCCAAGAGAAGCUGGGCAUAAUGAACAACGGGCUGGUGUACGCGGUUUUCUCGUACACGGCGGCGCGCAGCGACGAGCUGUCGUUCGAGUCGGGCGCGCGGCUGCAGGUGGUGCGCAAGGGCGACGACAACGAGCGCGAGUGGUGGUGGUGCCGCGACGACGCGGGACGCGAGGGCUACGUGCCGCGCAAUUUGCUCGGGUUAUAUCCAAGGGUAACCCCUCAGCAAGAUUAA